CGAAUAGAAGGGAGUUCUUAAUUGCGGCAAUAGCUUUUCUAAUUUGAUUCGAUUUAACGUAAGAUUCGUCAGCAAAAUUCUGGAAAAGGGUUUGGGCCCCACUUACCGUCUUCGCGAAUAGGAAAUUGUGAGAGAGAAGGAGGUGUUUGAUGAUCAGGAAGAGACCGCGCCAGCGACGCCAUCGACUUACAAUCACACAACAAUUGCUCCUUCUUCCCCGUGAAUUCCGAGUUUUUCAUUACAAAUAUCACUCGCAGACUCGCUUACGAUUCAUUCUUUUUCUUCGACUACUCCUGCAUCGCCUAAUCACUGCUCCAUAACUGAAUUGGAUUUGGAAUCAAUUGGAAUUGGAACUUCAACGGCCGCUGUCAAUUCCUUCCUCUAUCAUAAUUGCAAUACGUGCCAAUUCGUUAUUGUCUCAAGUCAACUGUAGAGAUAGAGAUUUAUUCUCUCGACGAUGGAAGGGGUGCAGAGGUUACUGAUCGAGGUCCUAACCGAGCCCCAAAAGGGCGGCCAGUCAGUUCUUGGUACAAUGAAGGUUGCGGUUCUGCCCAUAGCCAAAGUUUUUACCAUGUGCUUUCUGGGCCUUCUUAUGGCUUCCAAGUAUGUUAAUAUCUUGCCUUCUAAUGGCAGAAAGCUCUUAAAUGGGCUGGUCUUCUCACUUCUGCUCCCAUGUUUGAUAUUUUCGCAAUUGGGACAAGCAAUAACUUUUGAGAAAAUGAUUGAAUGGUGGUUCAUUCCUGUCAAUGUUGUGAUUGCCUCUAUAACAGGCUCCAUUAUAGGUUUUGUUAUUGCAUCCAUUGUCCGUCCUCCUUACCCAUACUUCAAGUUUACAAUAGUACAAAUUGGAAUAGGGAAUAUUGGGAAUGUGCCUCUUGUCUUGAUUGCUGCAUUAUGUCGAGAUAAAUCAAAUCCAUUUGGUGACACUGAUAAAUGUUCUCAAGAUGGAAAUGCUUACAUCUCAUUUGGCCAAUGGGUUGGCGCAAUUAUCCUGUAUACGUAUGUUUUUCAAAUGCUUGCCCCUCCUCCUGGUGGAUAUGAUGCUGAAGAUGGAAAUCUAACCUUGAAGAAUUCUGCAAGAAAUAGCCCUAGAGCACUUGCUAGUGAUGAUUCUCCUGAGCGACUUCCCUUGCUCGCUGAGGAGGCAACACCAGUUUAUUCAAGUUCCACCAAAAAAGACAAAAUCAAAGAUUUUCUGAAAUAUAUUUAUGAAAAACUGAAGCUCAAGCAAAUUGUUCAACCACCAAUUAUUGCUUCCGUCGUCGCGAUAUUCAUUGGGUGUGUUCCUUUCUUAAAGAAAUUAAUAUUCACCCCAGAUGCUCCUCUCUACUUUUUUACAGACAGCUGCUUGAUUCUUGGAGAAGCAAUGAUCCCAUGCAUACUGUUGGCUUUAGGAGGCAACCUCGUUGAUGGGCCAGGGCGAGGGAGCGCAAAAAUUGGUAUGCGGACAACUGCAGCCAUUGUGUUUGGGAGAUUGUGCUUGGUUCCUCCAACUGGACUAGGUGUUGUCAUGUUGGCUGAUAAACUGGGAUUCCUGCCCCCCGGUGAUAAAAUGUUCAGAUUUGUGCUCCUACUCCAACACACAAUGCCUACUUCUGUGCUUGCAGGGGCUGUUGCCAAUCUACGAGGAUGUGGGAAGGAGGCUGCAUCCGUCCUGUUUUGGGUUCACAUUUUUGCUGUUUUUUCAAUGGCUGGUUGGAUUAUUCUUUACAUCAACAUAUUAUUUUGAGGUGUACAACUCACCUUGGGCUUCGAAAAUCAAGGCUAUAGUUUUUUAAACUGCCAAUUGUGAGGAUAUGUGUAUAGGUGGUUCUUUGACAGAUCACUCACUACAAGUGAAAAAUACCUGUGCAGUGUAAAUGCUUCAUUUGUAUCGACUUUCUAUUCAUUUUAUAUGAAUACAUGAUGAAAUUUUCCAAA